AUGGCCACAUUCGAGCGAUUGAUUCGGUUCAAGACCGCCGACGGGGCGGUUCUGUACGGGGACUUGGGUGCGGAGACGCCGACGAGGGAGAUUCUGGGGAGAGAAGUGGAUGUGCUGGAGGGGGAUAUAAAGACUGGGUUUAGAAAGGGGGAGGGGAAGGCAAAGGUGGAGGAGUUGUUGUGUCCGUUGGAGAAAGAGAUGGUGGCGGGAGUUUUGUGCAUAGGCUUGAAUUAUAGGAAGCAUGCUUUGGAGUGUAAUCUCGAGAUCCCCAAAAUGCCCGCCCUCUUCACCAAACCCCGCGACGCCCUCGCCGGCCCCCUCGACCCCAUCCCCAUCCCCCCAACCUGCCAAUCCGCCCUCGACUACGAAGGCGAACUAACCAUCAUCCUCUCCCGCGACUGCAAAAACGUCUCCGCCGCCGAAGCCCCCUCCUACAUCCUCGGCUACACCGUCGCAAACGACCUCUCCGCCCGAAACUACCAACUCCCCGCCUCCAUCUCCGGCGGCCAAUUCAGCUACGCCAAAUCCUUCGACCACUUCGCCCCCAUGGGCCCCUGCAUCGCCAGUCCCCGCGCCAUCCCCGAUCCCCAGAACCUGCACUACGUCACCAAGGUCAAUGGCCAGCUGCGCCAGCAGACCUGCACCGACGAUAUGAUUCAUGGUAUCCCCCAGAUCAUCGAGCAUCUCUCGCGCGGCACGACGUUGAGGGCGGGAACGGCGAUUCUAACGGGUACGCCGAGUGGGGUGGGGUUGUUUAUGGAACCAAAGGGGUUUUUGAAACAUGGGGAUGAGGUCGAGGGCGUUGCAAUUCCCGCUUUCCCAUUGCAAUAUUGCCAUGGGCUGCCCAACGCACUUGCUCACUUGCUCUUUCAGUUCACAGAUGGGAUGGAGUUGCUUGCCGAUGACGAUGUCGAUGCUCAGGGCGAGACUGAUAGUGAUUUUGGUGCUGGGGGCGAGGCGGAUACUGAUGUUGAUGCUGAGGGCGAAACGGACAGUGGGAUUGAGGAUGAUGAGCCUGCUGAUUUGAAGAGGGUGCAGGGUGGUGAUGAGACUCAGGCUCCUUUGGGAACUGACUGUUUGAUUGAGGCCGAGGGGAGCCCCGGUGGCAAUGCACCUACUGCUUCGAGCUUGCAGAUCGAUAACGAGAGUCAAGUCCAAACUCAGAAUACUGCGCAACCGGAACCUCGGCAAGCCGGAGAGCUAGAAGAUGCCAAUAAUUUCGAUGGACAGGAUACAGGUGGACUUCGAACGAGCCCUAUGGUUCAAGAUGACGAAGCGGAGCUUGAGCACGACAGGCGAGGACACAAUGUACGAGGAAAUGGGCGUCAAUCUCGCAGUUUGCCAGCCAUGACCCAAGGUCCUGAAAGUAUUCGUAAUCUGGUACUUGAUUGGAUUCGAUCAGAGGUGACGGGCCCCCGGAGGUCUGGUAUCGACUGUUCGACUUCAAGGUCUGCAACCGGCAACGUGAGCGGGGGCAGAAUGAGUCAAGGACGUUUUGACUCGGGCGCUGGUCUGGAUCCUACGCCAACGGUUGGACUUGAAGCUGCUGGCGACAGUGACUCGGAAUAUGGCGAUGAGGGAUUCUCGAGCGUGGAUGAUCGUGCUAUCAAGUUGGCCUAUCAACGACAGCUAGAACGCCAACGUAAACGCCGGCAACAGCAGGUCGCCAAAGGACUAAAUGGUUCUGCGAAGAAAGGAGGCUUCAGACAGUAUACCAGGGAAGACAUGGAUAUGGUCCCAUGGUCAUGUCGUAUCAACACCAACACUAUUCUGAGCAGAGAGUUCAUCGCAGCCACCCUAGUAUUCCUCGACAGCAUUUGGCAAAAGGACGUUGAGUCCAUCGAGACGCAGGUUGAUGCCUUCAUGGCAACGCACCGGCCUCUAUUCUCGUCCUUUGCUGAUUUAUCCGUCUGGCAACACCCCAUCCUAUCAUGGUGCCUUCGCGUCGAGCGCAGACUCAAAUUCCACGAGGCGGAUUCUCCUGCGCAAAUGGAGCUGGCGCGUGAGCUUGGCCUGGGAAUACCACAUCCCCACGAUGGGUACCCUUGUCCUGCAGAUUGCCCUCGUAGAAGCCCGCCCGUUGAUAUUGAACGAAGCUUGGAAGAAGGUAGGAAGGUUUACGUGGGUCAAAUCACUUUUCUGUCGAUGAAGAAGCAGAGGAUCAAGGAGAUUGAGGAGGCGGAGCGUGAGGGGAGACCGCCGCCAGAUGGCCUCUUGCUCAAACCGAUUCCGCAUGUUCCUGAACGUCCGGAUGGGUAUGAAACCCCUCCCUCGCCAUGUAGUCCGCCACCAGCCUCUUCUGGGCGUCUUGGUGUCGAAGUGGGCGGGGAAGGUGAAUUCGAUGUUCCCAAUUCACCUGGUCCGUUUGAUUCACCUAGCUCGGACAGUGAAUCGAGGUCAACGCUGCCAUUGCCAUUUGAGAAAUCCUUUGGCAAGCGGCCUUUUGGUUCCAUGGGUCCUCCUAUUAUUGCUAAGUCUCAAUUACGUCCUUUGGUAUCGGACAACACUGAGACGUCGAUGAGGGAAAUCAUGCCGGAGCUAUCAACGGAGAUGGUUCAGGGGACUGACGAUGCCAUGGAGCUAGAACCUCACGCCGAAGCAUCGAGCUCGAGGCCACAAUCUCAUGGCUCUAAAUCCGGGACAGUCCAAUACCAGCACAGAUGUUACACGCAUGCCCCUCCCAAAGCCCCAUCCUGCUACAUCAAACGCCUCCCGCCAUCCCAUAAUGCCGCAAAGGAGAAAAUAUCACGCAAACGCCCACGUUACCCAUGGAGUCCCGACCCCGCAACCAGCCCACGCUACCCAGGGAGUCCUGAGACCAAAACCAGCCCACCAUCUCUCAACAGCCUAGAAACUCUACAGGCAGCAAACCAGUCCCGGCUCGAUGAAGCACUUGGCAUCGAUUCUGACGAGGAAGUUGUCCCAGCGAGUCACAAUGAGGGAAGCGGUGUCGAUCCGAAGCGGACAGUACAGACGGUGCAUACGGUGAUGAGGUAUAUACUCGGUGAAUUUGAGCAGGAAAGGGGAGAUUUGGACAUUAGGAAGCCAGGCGGUGGGAGUGGUGCGUUGGCGACGGCGAGUGUUGAGGAUGAAGGCACACCGCUGGAGGGUCUGCGUGCGCUCUUGCCGUCGCCGUUGCUGGAUGAUAUAUUGGGUGAUGUGAUUCGGGAUGUGGGGAAGAAGCGGCGACGCGAUACUGACGUUGAAGGCAUGUUGGAUGAGGUCGAAGAUAGGAAACGACAGAAGAGGGAGGCUGAGUCUACAUCCACGGAGUUUCCUGUGACGCAGAAUCGCAACCCAACAUCUUCGAUGACGAUAUCGACACCCAAAUCACCUCCCAUUGAUGACGCGAGCGAAGUUUACAAUCGCGAGCCACCGGCUAUGACACCCAGCCCUAGGCUCAAGCAUGCGCGUCUGGGCGAGGAAAACGCAGCAGUCACACCCAAUCCAUCCCCUCCUUCUGCCUCCCCUUCUACGUCCCCCCCUCUCCCCACUACCACUCACCAAUCCACCCGCUCACCCGCUCAAAUCUCCACUCCACUCCCACCCACUCGAUUCCACAGCUCCCCGCGCGACGCACACGGCGAUCGACUUGCUGCCUUGAACGCCGCGCGGCUGGGACAGCGCCAAGAUCCCAUGAUUCCCACAUAUAGUGCAGAGGGGGGAGAUCGGGCUGCUGGCGGAGAGCAACCACCUGCUGCGAGGGCACAGUCUGGGGCUGGGACAGAGUCGAUGGGAGGGGUACAGGGGGAGGGGGAUCCGGUGUUUGCGUGGCCAACUGGGCUGGAGGGGGAGGAGGAGGGGGAAAGUGGGAGCGAGAGUGAGGAUGGGAUGCAUGAGGUGGUGUAG